AUGGACGCAUUGAAACUUCUUACUACCAAUGUUAAAUUCAAGCAUAAACCAGUGGAGAAAGAAGUAGAAAAGAAAGAGGAAUUGAGAAAUGAGUUAUAUACUGGUGGUAAAGUGAAAAUAACCGGGUCUAAUCCUAUAGAUCCUGUGGUUGAAUUUCCCGAUUGCAUAUUCAAAGAAAAUUUGGAUAAACAGCAUGUGGAUGACUGUUCUGCCAUUCAGAGGUACUCUAUUCCUAUUUUAUCAAUGAAGCGCGAUCUGUUAGCUUGCGCUCCUACAGGAUCGGGAAAAACAAUUGCUUACCUGUUUCCUAUUCUCUACUCUCUUCAGUCCCAUGUUGAAGGCGGUUACAGAGCACUCAUAAUCGCUCCCACAAAGGAUUUGUGCGAACAAAUUUAUAAGCAAGCGAAAAGACUUACAAUUAAUUCGUCUGUUCAUGUGACUGAGUUGAAUAAAUCGAAUGAAAAAAUUCAGGAGAAGUCUCCUCAGUUGCGCGAAAAGUACGAUAUAUGUAUAACUACACCAAUGAGACUUGUCCAUGCCUUACGGAGUGGCUUAAAACUGGACAAAGUCGAAUAUGUGGUGAUGGAUGAGGCAGACCGCCUUUUUGAAGAAGGAUUCGUCGAACAAACGGAUGAAAUUUUAAGUGCUUGUACCCACCCAAAAGUAUGUAAAAGUCUUUUUUCAGCCACGCUUCCUUCUACCGUUGAAGAAUUGGCUCAAACAGUAGCCCGUGAUCCUCUACGUGUCAUUGUUGGAACGAAGGAUACCUCUAAAAGCAUUGACCAAAAGCUUUUGUUUGUUGGUUCCGAUACUUCCAAGGUUGUUAUUUUCCGCCAAAUGAUAGCGAACGGUGAAAUUAAGCCACGCGUUGUUAUUUUUGUCCAAGACAUAGAGCGUGCGAAUGCUCUUUACACAGAAUUAAUGUUUGAUGAAAUACACGCUGGCGUUAUACACGGUGAGCUUCCCGAGGUUAAACGAGAAGAAGUCCUUAAUAAAUUCCGCCAUGGAGAUAUAUGGGUACUGAUAGCCACCGAUCUUUUAGCAAGAGGUAUCGAUUUUCAUGGCGUCAAAAUGGUUAUCAACUUUGAUUUCCCUCAAAGUGUACACAGUUACAUUCAUCGCAUUGGUCGUACGGGCCGAGCCGGUCACGCAGGAAAAGCCAUCACUUUUUUCACCAAGGACGAUAGUGAGUAUGUGAAACUUGUCGCAGGAGUUAUGAAAGCUUCUGGCUGUGAAGUUCCCGAGUGGAUAUUGUCGCUUCCUAAACCCUCAAAGGGAAUGAAGAAGAAACUGAAGAAAUCUCCACCUAAAAGAAAAAGGAUAACCACUCGAGCUUCUUAUGACAGACAUAAAGAAUUGAGAAAGAAAGAACACAUUAAAAAGCUUAAGCGUGAUGCUUCAAUGACAAAACAGAAAGAAAAGGAGGGAUCACCAAAAAAUGAUUAG